AGGAGGGGGGGUUAAAACGUUUUCAAAACCCUUGGUCCCAAACCCUUUUCCCCCUCUGAAGCCGUCCUCUGUUCAUACACUUUCAUCGAAUGCAAACCCUAAUCCAAAUCUUUCUCUCUUUCUUCUCUUCUGCUGCAUUAGCUUCUGAUUUAUAGCCCUCUUUGGAGUUAAUUCCUACUACCCCCUUCCUUUUCGCUUUCACUUCCUCUACUCCUCCUUCGCCAUACGGUUGGAAAUGGUUUCUGGCUUGAGAAUCGACGGUGGGACUCAGAUACUCCCUGCUCGUGUCCGUAAAACCAUCCAAUCCAUCAAAGAGAUCGUCGGCAAUCACUCCGAUGCUGAUAUAUAUACAACUCUCAAAGAAACCAAUAUGGAUCCUAAUGAAACUGCACAGAAGUUGCUCAACCAAGAUCCAUUUCGUGAAGUGAAGAGAAGAAGAGAUAAGAAGAAGGAGAAUAUGGGAUACAAAGGUUCAUUGGAUGCACAAAGAAAUUCUGAGGAUGUGAGGCAAGGGACAAAGGUAUAUACAUUGUCUGAUCGUAAUGUCCGGAGGGGGGCCUAUGCAAAAAGUUCUUGGCCUGGUAUCAGCAAAGAGUUCCGUGUUGUAAGAGACAACAGAGUUAAUCGUAACACAAAUAGAGAAGUAAAACCUACAUCUUCACAUUUGGCAAUAUCCACCAAUGAGGUGUCUACGAAUGUGUCAAAAUCAGGUUUCACCCCAAAAGGAGCACAUGGAGGGCCCUUUGGUGGUAGGAUAUCUCAAGUGUCUGUCCGGAAAACUGAUUCACAUCCCAACAAUCAACGACAUGGUUAUUCAACUGGAAUGCCCCAGAAAGAGUUGAGGGAUGAUGUGGGAGUUUCCAUGUUGAGUUCUGUUCCAGAUAUGCACAUUGUAAAGCCAAAUGACUCUGAACAACAUUCACCCAUAUUGGCAUCAAAUGCUGCUGCUGUUGGUUUAUAUUCUUCUUCCACAGAUCCAGUCCAUGUACCAUCUCCAGAUUCUAGAUCAUCUUCUGCAGUUGGAGCUAUAAAACGUGAAGUUGGGGCAGUAGGUGUUCGUCGGCAAUUGAAAGACAGUUCUAUAAGCCAGUCUUCAGGACCAAGUGUCUCUCUCACAAAUUCUGUUGCUGAAAGGGAUGGUUCUUCUUCAGAUUCAUUUCAACCGUUGAGUUCCAUUUCGAAAGGCGAACAGCUUAGUCAAAUUACUGAAUCUGUGAUUCCUGGCCUGGUAGGCAGCAGAUCAACAUUAAAUAAUCAGCAUAGUAGCAGGCAACAUCAACCAACCAUGGGUCAUCAGAAAGCUUCCCAGCCUAACAAGGAGUGGAAACCUAAGUCAAGCCAAAAGUUGAGCACCGGUAAUCCUGGAGUAAUAGGAACACCCUCAAAAUCUAAAUCUCCUGCUGAUGAGUCCAAAGAGUUACAUUCUGAAGCAGCUAAUGUACAAGAGAAGCUUGCAAGAGUAGACCUUCAUGAGAACCAGCAUGUUAUCAUAGCAGAGCAUAUUAGAGUUCCUGAUAGUGACCAAUAUCGGCUGGUCUUUGGCAGUUUUGGGACAGAAUCUGAUUCUUCUGGAUGUCUGGUGCCAGGUUUGCAAGCCAUUAGAGGUCCAGAGGAAUUGAAUGAAGAAUCAUCAGCAAGUCGGUCAGUAUCUGCUCUGGAGAUUUCUACUGAUGAUUCCUCUGGAAGCAGGCAGGUCGAUUUAUUGGAUGACCAGGUUCGAAAUUCAGAGUCUAAUUCUCCAGAUUCUGGUACAGCAACCGAGCUUCAGUCAGCAGAUAAAAGAGAAUCUUCUAGUCCUCAGACAUUGGAUACUUAUGCGGAGAUUGGACUGGUUCGAGAUAGGAGCUCAAAAUAUACUCCUGCUUCACAGCAUCAAGAUCCUUCUGAGUUACUGGGAUUUUCGGCAUAUGAUCCACAGACUGGUUAUGAUCUACCUUAUUUCAGACCAACAAUGGAUGAAACUGUACGGGUGCAAGGCCUACCGUCUCAAGAUGCGGUGAACUCUCAUUCUGCUAACGGUGUCCCUGCAUCAACAAUUCCAAUGGUGCAACAGCAGCAAACUCCAGUUGCUCAGAUGUAUCCACAAGUUCAUGUUUCCCAUUUUGCAAACCUCAUGCCAUAUCGACAAUUCCUAUCUCCUGUUUAUGUUCCACCAAUGGCCAUGCCUGGUUAUUCGAGUUCCCCAGCAUAUCCUCACCCGUCCAAUGGUAACAGUUUCUUACUGAUGCCUGGUGGAAGUACUCACAUGAAUGCAAAUAACCUGAAGUAUGGAAUCCAGCAGUUCAAGCCUGUUCCUGCUGGCAGCCCGGCAGGGUUUGGGAACUUCAAUAGUCCAGCUGGGUUUGCUGUGAAUGCUCCGGGUGUAGUUGGGAGUGCAACUGGACUGGAAGAUUCAUCUCGAAUCAAAUACAAAGAUGGGAACCUUUAUGUUCCAAAUGCACAGGCUGAGACAUCUGAAAUUUGGAUUCAAAACCCAAGAGAUCUUCCAGGUUUGCAAUCGGCUCCAUAUUACAACAUGCCAGGGCAAACUCCUCAUGGUGCUUAUUUGCCUUCUCAUACUGGGCACGCUUCCUUCAGUGCAGCUGUGGCGCAGUCUACACACAUGCAAUUCCCCGGAUUGUACCAUCCAACUCCACAGCCGGCUGCUAUUGGGAAUCCUCAUCACAUGGGGCCUGGUAUGGGUGGGAAUGUUGGAGUGGCGGCUGCCACUCCUGGGCCACAAGUUGGUACUUUCCAGCAGCCACAGUUGGGUCAUCUUAAUUGGACAACUAAUUUCUAGACAAAUGGGAAGAAAGAGAACUGUGAAUCUAACCCCCUUUAUUAUUAUACAAGGGACUGAAGUAGUCAUAAAUCUUUUAUAUUUUGUCAAAUGUGUAAUUGAUAACCUUCUCAUAUUCAAUGUAGUAUGUGGUUUUCUCCA